CUGGACACUUAGGCCCAGCUAGCGGCGAUCCUGUAAGGCUACAUGGGACAACUCUAUUAUUCUGGGCCAGGGAGUCGUCAUGGUGAUGAUCUCAUCGACCGCGACUCAGGCCAGGUCGGUGUCCCAAUUGUGCUGCCUGAUCAUUGGCGAGGAUCUUCAGGGACCAAGCCGAGUUCGGUCGCGACGCCUUUGGCUGGCCUGGACGUCGCAGCGUCACGACACGGUGACGUCAGGCUGGCCAUGCGCUGCGAUCAGCGCUCGGUGCUUGCUAUAUGAACGCACCGUUGCCGUUGCCAACUUCUGCUGCCGAUUUUUCUUGCCCCAAAAUAAUAUUUUGUUUUUCUCUUAUAAUUCUUCGACCACGGCUCUUUCCUUUCCUGGACCCUCCGGACUGCUUCAGCUCGGGAUCCGUGGUUGCUCUCUCCCUCACAUUCUCCCUUGCCCAUUCCGGUGAUACCCCAGCGACGCGACCCUUGACUUCCUUCCUCUCCCUUGUAUUGCACCUGAAUCCCCUCUGCCGAUCCGUCUGUUGCUGGAAACAUAAUCUGAUACAUAUACCCGUCGUCU